AUGCCAACUACACCUCGACCACCAAAGUUGAUCAUAACACCUUGUACACCAUCACGACGUUCCGUCGAUUAUUUCAUUCUUCCUGAUUCUUUACCAUCACCAUCGGCUUCCCCGACGUCUUCGACUUUCUAUCAUGAAUAUACUGAAAAAUCUAGACCUAGAUCAACAUCCCCAUCAAGUAGCGAAAAACGACCAAAAGCAAUUCGAUCAUACUCUUUACCAUCAGAAUCAUAUUUAUCUCCUCCGUCUCCCUUACCUCGACCGCGUUCUGGCAAAAGACCACUUCGAUCACCAUUGAUAUCAAUCUUAUUCCUUAUAUUCGCUUUUAUGUUGGUGGUUUCAACUGUGAUGUGCACAUCACCAUCCGCCGGGAGACUGUUGGAUAUACAGAGGAAGGCUGGAGAGAAGAUACAUAUUAUGCUGAAGGGAUGUGAUCCGUCCAAAUCAAUCAUCUCUCCAGAUGCAGAAGGAGAGGAACUUAUAGGAACAACUGGGAUAGGUAGAGGAUUAAUCGAUUUAAUUUGGAGUAGAGAAGAAUGGGAACAUUAUACAAAUACAGUCACUGGUCCAGCAAUGAGUCUAGAUGGUGCCGUAUGGGAUUACGAUUCAUGA